AAAUCCAGCAAUUAAUUAGAUUCCCCUAAGCUAUAGUAGUUAGGGGUUUACUUUCAUCACUGUAUAUUGAUUCAUUUUUCUAUUUAUUUGUCAUUCUCCCCCACCACCUCAUUAAUUAUCUCUUUUAAAUCAAUUGCACAAUCAAAGGUCACCAUACAUUAAAAAAUUCAACCAUAUAACUCACACAUCAUUAAACAAAAAGAAUUAAGGGACAGAAAAUCAAGCAAAUCAAAGAGAAGGUGAAGAAGAAGGAGGUAAGGGUGACAUGGGAGAGCAAGGAGAGCAGCUUCAAAGAUCAGUAACAUCUUUUAGAAGACAAGGCUCUUCAGGAUCUGUAUGGGAUGACAAGUUUCUUGCCGGUCUUUGGGAUCAGAGUCAGAAUCAGAAGCAACAAGAUGAACAGUCUCAGUCUCAGUCUCAGUCUCAGCCUCAGCCUCGGCCUCGGCCUCAAAGCGAAUCAAGUGGCACCAUGUUGGAGCGUAGUAGAUCAGGAGGAGGGGCAAGACAGCAUGAACGUCGGACGGUCACCGUUGCGCCGCCAUCCAAUGACCCUCCCUCCCCUAAGGUACCAACCUGUGGCCUUUGUGGAUUCUUUGCUAAAUCCAAUAAUAAUCCUAAGGUCAAGAAACGCAGGUGAUAUAUCUUUUUUCUUUCUUUCUUAGUUAUGUAGUUAGCUUCAACAUGUAAAUUAGUGGUUCUUGUAUCUUGGAUAAUUAUCCUUCAAUUUAUUAUUGCACAUCGACUUUGUUGUUUCCAUUUUUAUUUUGUAUUAAUUGGUAUUUGUAAAGUCCUAGGAUAUAUGGAAUUAUGUGCUUGGGUGUGUAAUAACUUAGUUUUACUAUAUGAACUGAAUUGAAUUGAAUACGGUCCUCAUAAGUUCCAAGAAGAAUGUAACAUAAUCCCAAUUCCCAGCAAACUCAAGAAUAAUGGUAUCAGUAAUUAAAUACCUU